CCCCGCACCCAAGUUAAUCAUGCACGACACAUAAUUAGCCUCUCUACUUCGUAAAAUUAUCAGCUACUGUAACUCCAAGUUUCCCCAAAGUUAGUGGUUCAUGGUAGCGCACAGGGAUAAGCAUCUCCAUAGUUUCUUUUGCCUUUCGCGUUGCAACUGACAACUGCUAGACGCCGCUUCUCGUCUCCAGGAUAUGUCUGCACAAUAGCAUGAAACGGGGUCGAUGAGCAUCGCAACUCAUUCAUAUAGCCCCAUCUCAUCGUUGUGUCAUACCUAAUGAUAACAAAUCAAGUGGAUACAGAAACAUUCCCCUAACAUAGCUCAUAACUGGCGUUUAGCCUUUUGAAAUAAAGCUUGUUCGAGUCAUCUUUCAACGCUCAAAUACCCAGACGCCGAAAGCCAAGGAAAUCCAAAUCUCAGACAAAGCCGCCAGUUUGCGGAGUUAGGAGGCCAGAAUUUGUGUAAGGCCAAAUUGGCAAUUAAGGUCAACAUGACCGCCCACAUAUCGUUCAUUGACGGCAACUUUAGUCUGAUUCAUAUCCCGCUGUCUCUCUAUUCAAGCUUUCUGCAGCCAAUACUGCGCGUCUUGCUACCUCAUGAUAUCGUGGUACCAAAUUCGGCAGAGGCGCGGGACCACAUGCCAGAUCCGUCCCCGGUUCAUGGCAAACAAGGAUUCCUCAACAUUAGCAUUACGCCAAUAGAAUGUUCAAUCGUGUGUCGAACAGACUAUGCGGAGAGGGUCUUCCAGCCUGCGAUGGAGCUUUUGCCAAAGGACGCGCGUGAGCAGGUCACCAUCUCUCGAGAUCCCUAUCUGGUUUUCUCCAUCAGCAGCGCUGGGAUGGAGGCCAGUCAAAGGGUGAUGGACCUUACAGCACCUCUGGCCAUGGCCGGGAUCUCGAUCUUCUUUAUCACGACCUAUUAUACCGACUUUAUUUUGGUGCCUGCCAAAGACCACAAAACUGUGGUCCAAGCCCUGUUGGAACAAAAAUUCGAAUUCUCAGAGAGUGAUGCUACAUAUGUAGCUCCGUCUGGGAUUUCGCAUUCCAGAGACACCAGCUCCGAUGCUAUCAAGCCAUAUACUCCACCACCGUCGAGUGUUGUUGAACUCCAAGAACGCACCUUCAGGCUUUUAAGCCAGAGAAAUGUUGUGCCGUUUACUAAUGAUGGCCUAUAUCUCGCCCAGUGUUCAGGAAAGGAGCUCGAUUCCAACAGCAACUACUCGUCACGGCCGAUGUCCAACAACAGUAAUGAGGCACCACCUCAUUCAACCUGGCUGCAAAAAGUUGAACCUAACCUAUAUCUAAGUCUUGUGGCUGCCUUGGCAAUACAGCCACGUUUUCUCUCUGUAACGCUGACCAAAGAUGAUGCACCAUCACUGCUCAUCGACAAAGCUUUACUCUACUUGUUUGGAAACUUUAUUGCUGGGGAUACAGACUGUGACUUGGUUCCGAUAUUUUUGGAUCUUAGUAACCUCCCAUUGGAAUCAACGGGUAUUGUCUGCGGUGUCGCUGGCCGGCUGGUAGACCAAACGAGGAGCUUCGACUCUGACGGGGGAGAGCUGACAUAUUUAUCGACAGCCCGUGCUGGGGUAGUAAUACUACCCUCGGAAAGAUCAGAGGGAGCUCUUCAAGCAUUAGUGCCUUCAUUGGAGGCCACAUAAAAGAGCUUUGACUUCCAAGCGAAGCUAAAAAAGAGCUCUUUCGCUCAUGGCACGAAUUUCCAAAACUUCGUUGGCGUUGGUCAUCGAUCUGGAGUAUAUCAUGUUUGGAUAUGAAAAUUGAGAAUUAGAUAUUUACAGAUUACUUUACACAUCUUACCGGGCACUGUCACCAGUACGAAUGAUUGCGGUAUCUCUGACAAGUUUACAUGUAUAUAGUGGCAAAAAGUGUUACGUUUUGGUAUGCCUGUUAAUAAUAACCCCCCCAAGGAUCGUUGACGUCAUCUACUUUCC